AUGCUAAAACUGUUAGGGUCUUAUUCUAGACAACGUAUUUUUCAUGCUUCUCGGACUUCAAACUUUAUGUUAAGCACAAAGCGAGCCCUUGUGCUCAAGGACAAGUCAAGACCUAUGCGUAUCGACCGGGAAUUACCUGAUCCUACCAAAGAUAAGGUUAAGAGAAGAGUCCAACUUGGUGCCUUUUUCAUAGCAAUGGGCGUGUCCCUGGCAUGCAUCUUCAAUUACGAGAAAACUCAGUCGCCUAUCAUCUCUAAUACCCUCUAUCACUUACGUCGCUCUGCAUUAACAAGGGAUCUCCUCGGAGAUAGUAUCGAUUUCGAUGGUUUGGUACCUUGGGUUUACGGUGAGCUGAAUCAAGUUUCAGGAGACAUCAAUAUCAGGUUUAACAUCAAAGGAAGCAAGGGCGUUAGGGGCAUGGUAAAGCUUGUUGCAGACAGAGAAAACAAAAAUCAAGAAUUUCUCAUCCAUGAAUGGAGUGUAACGGUCAAUGAUAAGAAAAUUGACCUACUCUCAGAGGAAGGGGAACCUAAGACAUUAUGA